UGUGCCUUAAGCAUGUGUGCAAUAACGGUUCUCGUUUUUAUAGCCAUCUGCUAUCCUGCCGUGGCUGAUGUGACCGCUUGGCAACUUAACCCGCUUCCUGUAAUCGAGGUCCCCACUAAUGGAACUUAUGAGUUUACUGAAGGACCUCUUCUUCCUGGCCAGCGCAUCGUAGGAGGCCAUGAGGCAGAUCCGUACAAGUACGGGUACCAGGCUUGUGUUACAGACAAAGCCAACUUCUACUGUGGGGGUUCUAUCAUCAAAGAUAAUAUAGUCCUGACAGCUGCCCACUGCAUGCUGUGA